AAAAAAAAAAAAAAAAAAGAGUACCGGUACGUUCACUACGAAAACGUUAAAGCUCAAGGAAGGUGUUAAAAUAAGAGAAAUGUCGGCUGAGAACAGGAAGGAGAAAAAAGACCAGGCUGAAACAUUCUCGAAAAAAGUGGAACGUUUUACUAAAACAGAGAUCGAGUGUCUGAUCAAGCGCUUCAACGCGCUUCUGGCCAAGCAGGUCAGCCCAUCUGGAGCAGCACAUGGUCUGGAUAAAGAGACCUUCAGAGGAAUAAUGCAGACCACCUUUGGGAUAAACAAACCCCUAAUGUUGGACGGAGCUUCUCUUGUUUUCAGGAAUUUUGAUGAAGAUCGUGAUGGGAUCGUUAGUGUGGAGGAAUGGAUCAGAGGGCUGUCUGUUCUUCUUCGUGGGACGCUCGAUGAGAAAAUAAAAUACUGUUAUGAAGUGUAUGACCUGGAUGGUGACAAAUUCAUCACCAAAGAAGAGAUUUUUAAUAUGCUGGAUGGGUGCUUCAUCAAGCGGCCCAAUGAGAAGGAUCCGAAAGAAAGGGUUAGAGAUUUGGUUGAGACCUCAAUGAAGAUGAUGGACCACGAUUGUGAUGGCAAGCUGUCAUAUAAGGACUUUCAAAAAUCAGUGCGUAAGGACAAACUCCUCCUAGAGGCAUUUGGAAAAUGCCUCCCUGAUCCCAUGAGUAUUGAGAAGUUUGAGCGGCUUGUAUUUCAAGAGCAACAGGGUCAAUGAAACUACCCACAUUCGUGUACACUUUCAACUCUGUUUUUAUUUUAUUAUGAUCUAAUGUACUUUGACUUACAAUGUUUAAGAAAUGAAAGAUCCAAUUUACAAAACAUUGGUCGAUGUCUGUCCAGUUUAUAUCCGGCGACGCGGUUUGGCUUUUUUCUGAAUAGGUCUAAUAUCUGGAGCUGAUCCCACCUAAGAAUUAGACAGACAAAGUUAUGUCAUAAUUUGUUAUUUAUGUAAAAUAAAAAC